AUGGAAGUAGAUAAAUUGGAGAUAAUACCACACGAUACCAACAAUGGCAGCGGCGGCGGUAUCACACCAAAGAAAUCCACCCGCCUCGGCAAGAGAAAGGAGUACAUGCACGACGACACUAGCCAGCUCUCUGCGCGCAAAAAGAAGGAGAUGAGAAUCUGUUUAUCAUUAACGAAGCCUUCCUAUGUUCUUAGACUCUGUCCAGAACCUUUCAGAUCGGAACAUCGUCGGAGAUUGCGGUACCUGCUGCGUAGGCUCGUUAAUCAACAGGAUUGGGUUGGAGCUAGCGGUGUUAUUAGUGUUUACAUGAAAGGGACUCUUAAGGAUACUUCUAUCUUGACGAAUCGUUUCCAGUUUUCGUCUUUACUAGAGCUUCUUAAGCAUGUGGGAAACCAUUCUAUCAAUUUAAGAAGGGUCGGGAAUCUCUACGACAUUUGGUCAAAGAAGAUUGGAUCAUUGAAGAUUAGAUCAAUGAAGACUUGGGCAGUACAGAGUAGACAUGCAGUUCUUUUGGAGAACAUCUUGUUCUAUCUUAUGCAAGGCGAUGCUGAGAAGGCAUAUCAGCUUGCUGUAUGCAUUGACCAAGAGAAAGUAGAUAUUGAUCCUGUUUCAAAGAUAAUAUUGGGUUUGGCAUUCUAUGAGCGGUGGUAUUCUUCUAUUCCCGAAGAAUUUCAGUGGAGAGAUUUAGAUCAAAUUGACGGCAAAGAGAACUCACAUACGGAGGGAACUUCAUUCAGCAAUGAAGUUAGACAGUCAAAGUGGCAUAAUACAGUUGAGUCGCACAUGGCAGACUCCCAAUAUCAAUGCUACUCAGAUUCAUCUGUCAUGAAUAAUAAGCAAAUGUCUAAGGAUGUUGGCCUCCAUAAUGAUAUGAUUGUUUCCGUGGAUGUUAAAGCUAACCAUAAAAGAGAACAACUGCGUCAAAUCUUUCAGCCGCAAGAUUUUUACUUGGCUUCUGAUGAAAAUCAAGUAACAGGAGAUCCUUUUUCUAAUAGCGGAGGUCUUACACAAUAUAUCUUGAGUGCUCUUGGGAGGCUUGAUUUGUGGUUGCUGCCCUUGCGUUUUGAGAAUGUUAAUGGUUUGUUGGAAUUCAUGAUCAACCACAAAAAGUCAAAAAAGGCCUGGAUUGCAGUGGGCCUAAUUGCUUCAAAAACCUCCCUUUGGGUUCAGACACCCCCAUGGGUGCGGUAG